CUUUUUCAAGCCUAGAGCUUCUCAAAGGUGGUAAGGUUACCCCACCCAUUCUCCUAACCUGCCCAGGCCUGUAAUUGCUGCCCAGGGAACUAAAGCUCCUCCCCAAACAAACCUGUGAAAGAUCUAGACCUGAGCUUUUCCUUCUGCCCCUUCUGCAGGACUAGGCUGGUGUCAGGAGGCAGUUUCCUUUAACAUGGGCUCCAACUCUGGGGAGCCAGAGCUCUUGCCCUGUGGGUCCUGUGACAUGGUUUUCCGCUCCAGGGCCCUGUUGGCCAUCCACACUCAGCGCUUUUGCAUUGGCCGCCUGACCCGGGAAGGGACAAAUAGAGCACAGCCCUCCGUAACUACGGAAUCACCGGGUACCGCGGUAAGGACGGGGCUGGUGGAUAUUCCAGAGAGCUGGGAGAUCAAGAUUCCUCAUUUUGCAUUCUGUUCCCAGGUUGUGUCGGGAGAACUCCAGGGCCGCUUGGACCAGGAGGCCAGCACAUCUGCUCUAAAAAGGUUAACAGAGGAGGUGCAGUGGCUGCGGCUGUCCUUACAGAAAAUGGGACCCUGGAAGACAGAAGGCCCCACCUCCGAGGUUGCUGCAGGGAGCCCUAACGAGAGACUGCAGGCGCUGUAUAGGACCCGCGCCCGGCGCGUGGCAGAGACGCAAGCGCAGAGCCGGGCACUGGAGCGACGCGGCAACGAACUAAGCUGGCGCCUCCAAGGUGGGCCCCGGGGAGGGAUAUCCCGCUUAUUCGGUCUAGAACGGCAACUUCGAGAACUCCAGGCAGAGGCCGGGCAGACAAGGGGAGCUCUACAGAUGUUGGAAACGCGCCUUCAAGAACUUCAGCCCCAGACUGGGACUCGGCCGAAUGCCUGGCGGGAUGCUGAGCUCAAUUGUCCCGUGCUGCAGGUCAACCCGGGAACCUUAGCUGCGGAGAUCCGGGCCCUGCGUGAGGCCUACAUGCGAGGCGGGGGCCGGGACCCCGGUGUUCUGAGCAAGAUAUGGCAGUUACAAGUGGAGGCGUCAGCACUGGAACUGCGGCGGUCGCAGAAUCGCAGGGAUAAAGCAAGUGCAGCCUCGGGGGAGCUUCUAGUAUUGGAAGCAGAAAACCGGCGCCUAGAGGAGAAUAUCCUGGCCUUGCAGAUGCAGAGAUGCCGGGCCCAGACGUUUUGGGGGCCCAGGGAGGCACAACUCCUGGCUGGUCCCUGCACAAGUCCAGGGGGAAAGGGAGAUCCCCCACACCUCCCUCCACCGGUGGCACCCCCACUGCCACCACUUCCAGGCUCCACAAACGUCCAGUUCUUAGGUGGUGCAGAAAAGGCUGUGAGGACCCAGGGAUGCCAGGAUGGGCCACCACUUCCUGGAACCAUGACAAAGAACCUGAGUCUGGACCCACGCUUCCUUUUGCCCACAUCUGAUGUGCUGGGCCCUGCACCAUACGACCCUGGGGCUGGCUUGUUCAUUUUCUAUGACUUCCUUCGAGGCCUUGAUGCUUCUUGGAUUUGGGUGCAACUAUUGACUGGCUUGGCCCGAGAUGGACAGGAUACAGGAGGGACCACAGCAUUGCCCCCAGCCUUUUGCUUGCCCCCACCUCCAGCUCCUGGGCCCAUGGGAAACUGUGCCAUCCUUGCCAGCAGGCAGCCUGUGCCCAGGCUGCCGCCAUCACCGUCAGUAUCCUUGGUGUGUGAGCUACAAGCCUGGCAGGGGUUGACAUGGGCUAGGGCACCACAGCCAAAGGCUUGGGCCUCACUGGUGCUAUUUGACCGGGAUCAGCGUGUGCUAAGUGGCCGUUGGCGCCUUCCACUUCGGGCUCUUCCUGUGAACCCCAGCCUCAGCUUUGGGCAGCUGAAUGGGAUUCCCCAGGCAGGUCAGACUGAGCUCUUUCUGCGGCUGGUGAAUGCAAGAGAUGCAGAUGUCCAGACAUUGGCAGAGAUUAAUCCAACAAGUGCCCAUGAGUACCAGUACCCACCGGUAUCCAUAUCAUCUUCACUGGAAACAAGUUCCCUCAGCCCCAAGGUUGGCUUUGCUGAUCCCCCACCUCCUACAGAAAAGUCCUUUGGCAGAGUCAAGACUAAAGAUGAAAUUUUGAGCUAUGACCGAUCCCCACAGGGGAGCUAGAAGGAACGUGAGGCUUAUUCCCAGACCUGUAGCUUUUACUACUCCAUAAAGUUUAGAAGCAAAUGAGCUUGUGAAUUCUAACCACAUCUGUAUCACCUUUGGCAAGUAGUUGAUCUUUCUCCAACUGUUUUCUUUUGUAAACAUUUACUGAGGAUUAAAUGAAUCUGUCAGGUAUUUACAAUA